GAUACACGCCCCUUUAGGAAAAUUCCACUUGAUGCCACGUAGCUCAUACAUUGACUGACGAGCUUACGUCACGGGUAUUACAACCAUAUAAAAGCCGAGCGCUUCACAACACACGCAGAAGAGAAGUGGUACACAUAAGACUGUUCGGACUAUUUACAAUCACUUGUAACAACAUGUUGCGAACGUACGUCGUAUGUUAUCUGCUCCUCAUCAGCGGUCUGAGCGUCCGUGGCACAGAGGGCAAGGAGAAGAGUUUCUGGGAUGACCCGUGGUGCUGGGGCCCCGCUCUUGUGGGUGGAGCUGUAGCAGGUGCGGUACUGGGUCCAGUUGCUCUGGGGGCCGGGCUCGCAGGAAUGGGGUUCACAGGAGCAGGGAUUACAGCAGGCUCCGUGGCAGCGGGUGCGAUGUCUACAGCUGCGACGACGGGAGUGGGCGCGGGGCUCGUUGCAGCAGCACAGUCUGCAGGGGCUGCUGGUGUAGCUGUAGGAACGAAGGUAGCAAUGGGCGCAGCAGGGGCAGCCGUAGGCUACCUCUCCAGUGGGUGCGAGGAGCCAAAUUGUAAAAAGGAGACGAAAAGAAUUAGAUAAGAAACUGACGAUGUCAACUGGUUGCAGGUCGCAAAUAAACAUCCAUGUGGCCCAAGAUCACAGUUUCUAAUACAUAAUAUUAGUAUAUUUCAAACCUUGAAUUUGAUGUUAAAUAGUAAAAACUUAUAAUCAAAUCUGCAAGUUAAUAUUUGAUGCAAAAUAAGCUUUGAUACAUAGUCGAUGUUUUUGGGGCGAACUUCAGCAGUGUAUUCUAAAUAAAGACGUUGGCAUUCA